AUGCCUCAACUGCGUAGCGGAGUGCGAAGAGGCCGUCGACCCGCUGCUGCUCCACGACCCGAUCCGAAGACGAAGAAGACUAAGACACCAGCCGUACGGAGAACCAGGCGAACUGCAGGGAGGCGAACCGGAGUGAGUGAGGAUAUUAGGGUUAAGGAUAAGGCGACAGUGAAUGUUGUUGUGCUAGAUGAUGAUGAUGACAACGAGAGCUGCGAAAGAAUUGUUGGUAAGGUGAAGAAAACGAAAUCCUUGGAGGGUGAGGAGAUAAAGAAGGUAGAGGAAGUUAAAGAAGAGGUCGAGAAGAAGAUGGAUCCUUAUGAUAAUAGUGGUGGCCGCGGCAGCGACAAGGGUCUGGGAGCUGAGGAUGAGGGCAGCACUGCUCCCAUACCGGAAAAGGUCCAGGUUGGUAGUUCUCCGGCAUAUCGAAUUGAUAGGAAACUGGGGAAAGGAGGGUUUGGACAGGUGUAUGUUGGUCGUCGAAUUAAUCCCCCGAAUCCGAAUGAAAGAACUGGUCCAGGAGCUGUAGAGGUAGCCUUGAAAUUUGAGCAUCGAAGCAGCAAGGGUUGUAACUAUGGACCCCCUUACGAGUGGCAAGUUUACAAUGCACUUGGUGGCAGUCAUGGCAUACCACGCGUACACUACAAAGGACGGCAAAAUGACUACUACAUUAUGGUUAUGGAUAUGCUUGGACCUAGUCUGUGGGAUGUGUGGAAUAACACUUCCCACACGAUGUCCAUUGAAAUGGUGGCUUGUAUUGCAAUUGAAGCCAUCUCUAUUUUAGAGAAGUUGCACUCCAAAGGAUAUGUGCAUGGGGAUGUGAAGCCUGAGAACUUUUUGCUUGGUCCUCCUGGAACAGUUGAUGAGAAAAAACUUUUUCUCGUUGAUCUCGGAUUGGCCACCCGCUGGCGCGAUAGUUCAACUGGUCUGCAUGUAGAUUAUGAUCAACGGCCAGAUGUUUUUAGGGGCACAGUACGCUAUGCAAGUGUGCAUGCCCAUCUUGGAAGAACUGGGAGCCGUAGAGAUGAUUUGGAGUCCCUUGCAUAUACAUUAAUUUUUCUUCUCCGUGGCCGGCUUCCUUGGCAGGGAUACCAGGGUGAGAAUAAAGGCUUCAUUGUCUGCAAAAAGAAGAUGGCAACUUCUCCAGAAUCUCUCUGUUGCUUCUGCCCCGCACCUUUCCGUCAGUUUGUUGAGUAUGUUGUUAACUUGAAGUUUGAUGAGGAGCCUAAUUAUGCGAAGUAUAUCUCCCUAUUUGAUGGUAUAGUUGGUCCAAAUCCUGACAUCAGGCCAAUCAAUACUGAAGGUGCUCAAAAGCUUAUAUAUCAAGUUGGGCACAAGAGAGGGCGAUUGAUGAUGGAUGGAGAUGAUGACGAGCAACCAAAGAAAAAGAUCCGAAUGGGUAUGCCUGCAACACAAUGGAUUAGUGUAUAUAAUGCUCGACGCCCAAUGAAGCAAAGAUAUCACUAUAAUGUGGCAGAUGUUAGGCUCUCUCAGCACAUUGAUAAAGGAAAUGAAGAUGGACUAUUUAUCAGCAGUGUGGCAUCUUGUACAAACUUGUGGGCCCUAAUUAUGGAUGCAGGGACUGGUUUCAAUGCUCAAGUUUACGAACUGUCUCCUUAUUUCCUUCACAAGGAAUGGAUUAUGGAACAAUGGGAGAAGAAUUAUUAUAUAAGCGCGUUAGCAGGGGCUAAUAAUGGGAGUUCAUUAGUGGUUAUGUCCAAGGGUACCCAGUAUCUGCAGCAAUCAUAUAAAGUCAGUGAAUCGUUUCCAUUUAAGUGGAUCAACAAAAAAUGGAGAGAGGGGUUUUAUGUCACUGCGAUGGCAACUGCAGGGUCUAGAUGGGCAAUUGUCAUGUCUCGUGGGGCUGGAUUUUCUGAUCAGGUUGUUGAGUUAGACUUUCUGUACCCUAGUGAAGGUGUUCAUAGAAGGUGGGAUGCUGGUUACCGCAUUACAUCAACUGCUGCAACAUGGGAUCAAACUGCUCUCGUUCUGAGUGUUCCAAGAAGAAAACCAGCAGAUGAGACACAGGAGACUCUUCGGACUUCUGCGUUUCCAAGUACACAUGUCAAGGAGAAAUGGGCAAAAAACCUUUACAUUGCAUCUGUGUGUUAUGGGAGAACUGUUUCCUGA